AUGAGUGAUAGGAAUAUCUAUUACUCCGAGAAAUAUUAUGACGAGAAGUAUGAAUACAGGUAACUAAUCUGCGUGAGCGCUUGGGGCCUUUUUGUUGUCGCCAGCUCUAUCAAGCGUUUCAAACAUGUAUCUUCGACCGCCGAGUCUUUACGGCCAUAAAGACCGGCCUAGCCUCCAAUGAUAACUAAUACCCUUUUCAUCGUAUGAUCUGUCCGUUAUUAGUGGGCCCGUUAGUCCUUCGCGUUGAUAAACCGUGCCUGUUAGAGGUUAUACUCCGGUCUUUCAUAUCUGCAAUAUUACAUAUGUAAUAUAUAUUAACAUGCUUCUGUCGUCCCACCACUUUCCUCACCGAAACGCUGACAAACGUGAAGCCAAGGCUGAAGCCAGUAAUUGUCCUCUCGUCUGCCAUAUGCAGAUCUCUCUGAAUGGCUUCAGGCCCUUUUCCAGCUCAAAUAGAUACGUAGUUUCCUCCGAAGUUGAUUGAUUAGACUGGUUGUAAUCUACCGGGGCUCCACUCUCUUUGCCUCGUCUGAGAUGCGCCCGACGGUGACAGUUAUGGAUGAAACACAAAUGUGGAGGAGAAUUACUUGUAUUUAUGUUUUUUCCUUUCCCAACUUAGGCACGUGCACUUACCGAAGGAAUUGGUUGCAAAGAUGCCAAAGAAUCGUCUGAUGACUGAGCGCGAGUGGCGUGCUCUGGGAAUCCAACAGUCCGUCGGCUGGGUGCACUACAUGAUUCAUGAGCCAGAGCCCCAUAUUAUCUUAUUUCGUCGCCCUCGGACAGACAUUCCCAGCACUGUGUCUACGAGCGGUGGUAUCUCGGAAAAGACGCAACUCCCUGCUUAA